AUGGCGGCAUUUGGCGGCCAGACGCCUACGAUUAUCGUGUUGAAAGAAGGAACCGACCAAUCUCAAGGCAAAGGACAAGUCAUCUCCAACAUCAACGCCUGCCUCGCCGUCCAAGACACGAUCAAAGCGACCCUAGGACCCUACGGUGGCGAUUUACUUCUCGUCGACGCCGGCGGCAAACAGACCAUCACCAACGAUGGCGCAACGGUGAUGAAACUGUUGGAUGUCGUUCACCCCGCAGCCCGGAUCUUGGUCGACAUUGCGCGGUCGCAGGAUGCAGAGGUCGGAGACGGGACGACGUCGGUGGUCGUGCUGGCGGGCGAAAUCCUCAAGGAAGUCAAAGAGUUGGUCGAACAGGGUGUCAGCACACAGACGAUCAUUAAAGGUCUGCGGAGGGCUUCGGAAAUGGCCAUCAACAAAAUCAAGGAGAUUGCCGUCUCAACGCACGAGGCGAACAAGAGGGAAACGCUGCGCAAGUUGGCGGCUACUGCCAUGAGCAGUAAAUUGAUUCAUCGGAAUGCCGACUUUUUUACAAAGAUGGUCGUCGACGCCGUCCUCUCUCUCGACCAAGACGAUCUGAACGAAAACUUGAUUGGAAUCAAGAAAAUCACGGGCGGAGCGUUGGAAGAUUCCCUAUUCGUCGAUGGGGUGGCAUUCAAAAAGACGUUUUCGUACGCCGGGUUCGAGCAACAACCGAAAUCGUUCAAGAACCCAAAGAUCGUGUGUCUGAACGUCGAACUGGAGCUCAAGGCCGAAAAGGACAACGCCGAGGUACGCGUGGAGCAGGUUUCGGAAUACCAAGCGAUUGUCGAUGCCGAAUGGCAAAUCAUCUACGACAAGAUGGAGGCGCUAUACAAGACGGGAGCAAAAGUCGUCUUGAGUCGUUUGCCCAUUGGCGACCUGGCGACGCAGUACUUUGCCGACCGGGACAUUUUCUGUGCGGGGCGAGUGGCCGCAGGAGAUAUGGAACGCGUGUGCAAGGCCACGGGGGCCACGAUCCAGAGCACCUGCACCGACAUCCAGCCGUCGCAUCUUGGCACUUGUGGACUGUUCGAGGAGCGCCAGAUCGGCGGAGAGCGCUACAACUUGUUCAGCAACUGUCCCGAGGCUAAGACGUGUACGUUGAUCUUGCGCGGCGGCGCCGAACAGUUCAUCGCCGAGGUCGAGCGCAGUCUGCACGACGCCAUCAUGAUUGUCAAGCGCGCCCUGCGCAACCACACCAUUGUUGCUGGCGGUGGUGCUACUGAGAUGGAAGUGUCCGGAUACUUGCACCGGUAUGCCGACAAGAACGUGCCGCACAAGCAACAGGCCGUGGUGAAGGCGUUUGCUAAAGCCUUGGAAAUUAUUCCUCGUCAACUAUGCGACAAUGCAGGCUUUGAUGCUACGGAUAUCCUGAACAGACUCCGCGUCGAGCAUCGCAAAGGUCAUGUCUGGGCCGGCGUCGAUUUCGACCAUGAAGGCGUCCGUAACAAUAUGGACGCCUUUGUCUGGGAACCUGCGCUCGUCAAAGUCAAUGCCAUUUCCGCUGCUGUCGAGGCCGCUUGUCUGAUUCUUUCCGUCGAUGAAACCAUCAAGAAUGAAGAGAGCGCGCCGCCGCAAGCGCCCCAGAGAGGUCUGCCUCCUGGCGCGGCUCAGCGUGCCCUCAGGGGACGAGGGAGGGGUAUGCCGAGACGGUAG